AAUAAUUGUCUUUCUCUUUCUCAACAGGAUUAGUUGACAUGUUAUUUUACAAUAUAGUUGACAUUUUGCUCGAUAAAAAAAUUUAACGACAUUAUGUCAUUGUACAAAUUGUCAAGCCCAUAAAAUAUAUUCAAGGUAACUUUAUUAUUGUGUCAAUCGUUAGACAUAAAGUUCAUUUAGAAGCAUGUGAAAUCUUUAAUAAUAUAACACGAUAAUUGUUAGGUUUCAAAGAUGAACCAUUGGGUUUUUGACAUUUCAACCCCAUGAGACUAAAGUGGUGGCUCUAUUAGACUUUUUCACAUACAUCCCAUUAUUAUCAAGCAUUACCCCUUCUUAAAAAUUACAACUCGUUUAAAUUCUUAAACUAUCAUUUAUUUGUUUCAUUUAUGAACUCAUAUAUCCUUGCACGAAGAACCAACUCCAAUUUUUCCCGUGCACAAUUCUUUCCAUCAUUGAAGAAAUGUGAAGCACCCAAAAAAUGAUGGACUUUCUUGCUCUCCUACAUUUAUAUUCCAUAUAACUUUUUUAACCCUUAUUUUUUAUGCAUGUGAAAACAAAAGGAAUUUAUUAUUGGUCUAUAUCAAAUAUAAAGUUUCUCAUUUGACACAAUGUCGUAAUCCUAACACCCUAUCUCUCACUUCUAAUUGGAACAUAUUUAUGCAUUAUAUUUCCUCUUUGGAUCCCAAACACGCAAUGGAUGAACCCUGGGUGGGACGAUCUAGGGGUGAUCUUGUAGCAAAAUUGAAAGAUUUCUUCUCAUUGGACCAUGAGGAACAAGCUUGGAACAGAAGAUUGAAUAUCAAGAACAUAUUUAUAUAUUCUAUUUCCUCUUUAUGAAGUAACUUUAGUUCACUUAUGUUUGUUGGAUUUGAUGGUUGUACGAUUUCUCUGGCUUGUUAAACUUUAGUUCAAUCCAAUCUCUAAGAGAGAAUAUAUGUUUAGAUUGAUAGAGCAGCAUCAUUGGGAAUAGAGGAUCGAUUGUGUGAGAGUGAGUCUGUUAGUUGUUUCGGAUUGGAUGAGAAUCUUACCCAAUAGAGAGAGUCUAGUGUGGACUGCCUUGAUCAGUUCUGUUAGUUAAGGAUAAUGUCCCUCUAAGUAAAAGACUCAAUAAGGCCUUGAUUGCUUUACUCGUGAUUCAAACUAGCCAAUGACUCUGCACAUCAUGAAUAAAGAGUGAAAUAAGUUAGAAAAUUAUCAAUCAUUAAUCCGACUAGUGACUAUGGGGUAUCAUUAACUGAGUGUGCCUCCUACCUUUAAUUAGUUAGUUUAACUCUUUCAUAGUUUGUUGAUGUAGUUUUAAUUAUUUAACCCGAAUAUGAAUUUGCUGUAUAAUAAUAUGAAGAUGGGUUAUAGUAAAUCAAGAAAUCAUAAAUACAAUAAUAUUAUUACUUGUUGCCACUAUACUACAAUUCUUUUGACAGUUACACUUGCCGUAUGUUAGAAGUGUAGUUAGUAGCGACCCACUAACCUCUGUGCAGCCAUAGCAAAUAGGAAGAGAUUUGAGGAGAAUCCAAGUAACACUAACAUCAAAGUUGAUGCCUCCAACAGCAGUCAUCCAUCAAAACUAUUAGAAACCAUAGAACAAACUAUAAAAACAUUGAAAUUGAAUAAGAAAUGAGUAAGCGUGUUAUGAAAACACACAUAUCACCAUGUCAUUAACGCCAAACUUAUUUGUUGUUUCUCAUUAAACAACCUGGGGAAAGUAAUUCUCACUCGUGAAAAAACAAUUUGAUUGUAAACACAUGACAAACGUAAGUCCCUAUUUAGUAUCAUUGUCGGUUUUUGUUUCUUGUUGCAGUGUCUAUUAAAAUGAAAAAAGAGGAACGAGAUCAUAUUUAGUUGGGUUGUUGAAUUUUGUUAUGGGCUUGAACACAACAUAUUGUUGAAACCAGGUCCAAAUCAAAGAAACAAAAAUGUAGCUUAUGAAUUACGAUAUGUCUGCCCUAUUGAUUUUUUUUUAUAGAUUUAUAUUAAAAUAUUUUUCUUAUAUAGGGGUGAUAUAUCUUUGUUUGUUUAUAUAAUUAGGUGCUACUUAAGUAUUCAUUAAAAUAUUUUUCCUUACUCCUUCCCAUUAAUUUCCCAAUUUUCUUCUUCUCCCUCUACUCCGAUCGUCGUCGCAGCCCCCUUCCCCCUCUCAUCUCAGCGUCUCAUCAUCAUAGCCCUUCUAACCAAUUCCUCCAAUUGGGGAAGCCAAAAUCAUCGAGCAAGGCCAGCCACACACUUAGAUCGAAGGUCGCAGGGGGAUCAUUACUACCCUCACCGGUACCGAGACCAUCUGGACGACUCCAAGUAGGCAGGAGAGAUCGGACCAAAGAAGCAUGAUGUUGAUCCCUAACCUUUUUCGCCAUAAUUUUCAUCUUUGCCUCUUUCUUUGGGACGAGAAACAUGGGCAAAGGUUGAUAACUAGAUCGAGAGGAAAAACAAUAACAGAGAGUCACCAUAUCUUUCUAUUUGCCGCUCUCAAUAAAGAAAGAUGAGAGGAACGAGAUCUCUUUAACAUCGUAGUUGAAAGAUAGAGGAGAAUAAGAAAAAGGAUUUGGAUUUGAAUCGGAGAUUGUAUUUCAGAAUGUAACACCCCGCUUUCGGGUUAAGGUUCGACCGAACGGUUGGAUCGACGGUUACGUACGAAAGAUUCCAAACGUGAAUGAUGAAUAAUAAUAAUAUUUAUUAUUAUUAUAGUUAAAUAAAUGAAAAAAGAGGGGAAUUAAUCUGCUCCCAAACCGUUGCAUACCACCCCUGAUAUGAUCCAAAUUGGCCACUUCUACAAGUCACAAUUACUUGCCAAAGAAGCUAUCAAGGUUGGAAAGAAGAAGGGCAGAAUUUGGCUAAGUCAAAAUUCGUAUUCAGGCUACAUACUUUGGAGGCAUGGUUCUCUCAAUUGGCUUAGUGGAAAUUCAAUUUUAAGAGUUUGUUUUACAGAUAAAGUUACCAUCUUUCCAAGUUGUAUCAGAGCCCCGUUCAACACAGGGGCAAGGAGGAGAUCGAGAGGUUAUGUUUCUUCGCGGACAGAAAACAGAGAAGAGCAAUUUUGUUUGUUUCGGGGCGUCCAAUUCGUGGAGCGGACAUGGACACUCAACAAAUUAACGUUGACGAAAUUAAGAAGAUGGUCACAGAAGCGUUCAACGCGACCUUCCUGCCCCAAUUCGAUCGAAUUAAUCGUCGAUUAGAUGAGUUGAAGGUGCUGACGAAUAAAGCAGCCUUGCCAAAGAAUUCUGCAGUGAAGAAUCCAAUUUCAGAGAUGAAUCACGACCGAAGUAUUCCAAGUAAAUUCAACCCAACCAUAGAAGAGUGUAUUCGAAAACUUUCGGAGAGCUGGGCAAAGGAGAAAGAGGCUUCAAGUGGUUCGAAGGUAGAGAAAGAAGCAGCCGCCUGCCGACUCUGUUUUUCUCCGGCAAAACAGAGUUUUCCUUCUGUUGUACCCGUCGCUGCACUAGAGGAUGAUUCGGAGGAUUUAGUUGCUUCUGAUCAGUUCAUUGACUGCCCAAGAACGACUUCACACUCAUCUGAAACCCCAGAACAGACUGUAGGCGAUCGUACACCUCCAUUGACAAGAACUCAGAAGCUCUGCCGCUUCUCGGCAGCACAUAGUUCCAAAAUUGAUGAUCUCGUCGUGACCUAUGGAGAUGAUUCGAGACCACCCACCGAUGGCGACACGUUUCCUACGACCCCAGGAACGUCAAGUGCAGCUUUAAUGGAGGAGAACGAACCCGAAAUUGCAGAUGUGAUUUUGCCAAAACCAUCUCUGCUUGUGACGACGAACGACGGCCAAGACACCUUGUGUUGGACCAUCCAGCUCAAUUUGAGCCGAAUCAAUGCUGCAGAAACAUCAGAAACUAACCUCGGAACGACUUCCCUACCCAGAAUCAAGCCACGACAGCUGCAAAUCAAAAUACCCAGUUCUGCAGAAGCUCUUCUGCAAAUGCAGGAACUCGUCUCCAAGAAUGGGUAUUUCGUCGGAAGGACUGGGCACGAAUCCAGUCGAAAGAACGAUGUAGAAUCGUUAUUGGAGGUUUUUGGAAGGUUUAGGAGCAAUCAAUUCGUCAAGACGAUGCUUGAACAAGAAAUGCCCAAUUUCGAAUUGAAGAUUCUGGGUAAGGAAAUUCUGCAGCAGAACAUAUUUGAGCAGCCCACUUUUGAUCCAAUUUGGGAUCAGUUCUGCGAUGAUUUUGAUAAAAGAAAAGAUCAAGCUUUGAGGGAAAAGCUUUUUGAAGAGGGGAGCCUGAUAUGAUCCAAAUUGGCCACUUCUACGAGUCACAAUUACUUGUCAAAGAAGCUAUCAAGGUUGGAAAGAAGAAGGGCAGAAUUUGACUAAGUCAAAAUCCGUGUUCAGGCUACAUACUUUGAAGGCAUGGUUCUCUCAGUUGGCUUAGUGGAAAUUCAAUUUUAAGAGUUUGUUUUACAGAUAAAGUUACCGGGAAAUCGAUUCUUCUCCUUCAACCCCACCUGUUCACCUCACCAUCAUUAACCCAUCCCAUCCGUAACCCCAUCUUUAUUCCCCCAAAACUUCUCAAUUCCUCUCCUCCUCAAAUAAUAGCAGUAGUAAUGGACAAGGGGAAAAUGAUAAGGCGAAGGAAAUAAAGAGAGCGAUAGUUGAGAGCAGCAGCCGAGUCCGCUCUCGACACCAUUCAAGUGACCGUCGCCGCCUACACCGGCCUCUCCGCCAAGUUGAUUGCAUUGAUUGACAUGUUGCCGUGUUGGUGCGCAUGAAUUUCAUGACGAGGAACCAUGCCAAGACAUGUUGAUCGGCCUUCACGAACUCCACCGCCUAGGAAGAGAUGGAUGCAUCGGGAUAAAUCUAAAGAAGGGGAGAUUGUGACCAACUAAGGAAAAUUGAGAGAGGAACUCGAUGAUGACAACGGCGGUGGAUUGUCGAUGGAGGCAUGACCAGGAACUAGGCUGAAAGAAGAGAAGGAAGAAGGUUUCGAGGGGUUCUAAGGUUGUCUACCUACACACGCAUAUAUGUGUGUAUGUUCGUUAAUCACUGGAAGAGAGACGACCGCCGGUAGCAAGAUGAGCGGAUUCGUCAAUCAAUCAGGAUGAGCACGACCGGGACUGGCCGCAACCAGGCGGUGGUGAUCAAAAACGAUACGUCGAUGACACUGGCAUAGUCGACUUCAAUAAAGCUUCAAAAUAUUGGUACCAUCGUGAAGAGGGAAAUCUCAUGAGCGUCACGGUGUCGGCGAAAUCGAAUUCGGACGUCGGAUGAGGGACAACUGAGUCUCCGAAGUUUGGAAAAGAAUAUGUCAAAGUUCAGAUACCAAUAUGGGUAAUUCGAAAAGUUAUGGGGUUGAUUUCGUAAUUUUUCAGAAGGGUCAGGGUCAAUGGUGUUAAAUUAGAAAAUUACGGAUUUGGUAUCUAGUAUUUUGGAAUCUGACAGAAUUCGUAUUUUGGUCAUAUCUUGUUCGUUUGACGUCCAAACGAGUAAUAGUCGGUGCCUGUGGAGGCGAGGAGAAUUUAGUGGAAGCAAUUCAUGAAAUUUUUAAGCAGAAACAGAGGCGGUUUCGAUAGAUUUGAGGUGAUUGUAGAGGUGGUAAAAUCUAUGUCGAGGUCUUUAGUUUAUGUUUUUUUCAUUUCAAGUUAUGUUCAUAAAUUUUCAAGUAAGUGCAAUUAUGUGUGUGAGGCAUCUCACCGCCUACUUAAGGUGGAGGCACGCGUUGUGCUAUGUAUGUGAUGUAUGUUUGUAAGUAAGAAGAACCCCUGGGUGGUUGGGCCACUACUAGACGCGGUAGAUGGUCGGGUCACUACUGGACGGCGAUACGUAACGUAGUAGUUGACCGGGCAUGGACUGGACGGCGAUCCGUAAGGCAGUACCAUUGCCUUGAGGAUAGGUACACCGGACGGCGAUACGUAACGCGGUGGUCCCUAGGUUUAUGUGUAUAAGUUAAGGGUAGAAGUAAAUGACUUCUAUAAGUACUAAAGGAUAAAGUGUUAAUGAUGAAAGCGAGAACGACUUUCAUCUAAGUAAAGGAAAUGCUAAUAA